UCGUAUAGCCGGCUUAAAAUACAAAAAUUGUUGGGGGCGAAGAGAGUGCGAAGAGAAAAAGAGAGAGAGCGCCAGCCAAAGGCAUAGUAAAAACGCCGCCCGGCCAAUUAAAAAUUGCCAGAAUAUAUAUCUUUCCAUAUAUAAUUCUAUACCUAGUGCUAAUCGUCGGGUUUUGUGCCCCAUGUGCCGCGUAUGAAAAGUUAAAGAAAAGUCGCUGGUAAAACCGCCACAAGUCGAGAUCCAAUAAGUUUCAACAUUACUCAUUAUUUACCCCUUAUAACCGGUGUUUUCUGUGAUUCACAACCUUCGAAAAGAAUAAAGAAGAGUAUUCGGUGUGCUGUAGUGUCCAGCUGUAGAACCAGUUCCAGUUAACCAGGAGAAUCAUGUCCAGAAAUAGGGCUGCCAUGGUCAGCGCCUUCCGCCUCUUCCUGCGUCCCUCGACCACCCAUCGAAGUCUCGCCCUUCGCUUGGCCCCCGUCACGACCUUUGCCCUGCAUUUACGGCCAGGUCAUGAGCUCCAGCAGCACAGAAGCUUUGCAUCCACGGCGGAGGACGACGAGACGAGCGGCGGCAAAAAGUCGGACAAGCAUAAAACACCGACGACGGGAGAUAUCACGCGACUCACUUUGACCGAGCUGAGGACGCGGCUAAGAGCCCUCGGACUGAGUGCAACCGGCCGAAAGCAAGUCCUAGUCGAACGGCUAACAACAUCUACUACCAACUGCGGGGCAACAACAAUGGCUACAACGGGUUCCAAUUUGUCGUCGAAGGUGUUCAUUGGGGAGCUCGUAAAUAAUUCCGACACGACCUCUGUCCCCAAAAACACUGUUCUGCAAAAUGACGACAUCUAUGUGGAAUAUGUGAACGGUAUGCCACAUAUGACUGUUCGACUUCCCAGUCGCAAUGAACUCUGCCAGUUCGCCCUGAAACCGAUCUCGCACAACGUGGGCGAUCUGUUAGCCAUGCUCAAAGCUGAGGAUCGAGGCAUCGAUCGAGCUGCCGUGAUCAACAGGCAUGGUGUGCGAAUCGCUUCGUCCUGCACCAUCGAGAGCUUGUUAGAUGACUCCUUUAGCAUACAAAUCAACAACCGCACAUUGGAGGUGAAUCCACCAAAACGUGAAAGGGUCACGGUGGAAUCAGUCGACAAAGUGGGUGAUGUGCGCAAGGUUAUUGCUCAGCUCUAUGAGGCAUUCAACGUGGGUGAAUAUCAACUAGAGAAGAGCAAUCAACUAGCCAAAGAACUGGAAACCUUACGCUACGAACUAGAGCCACUAGAAGAGAAAAAACUGGAACUUAGCAAAAAGGCAGCUCGUCGCACCAAUUUCAUGACUUGGAUGGGUCUGGGCCUAAUGUCUGUGCAAUUUGGCAUCUUGGCGCGACUGACUUGGUGGGAAUACUCUUGGGAUAUCAUGGAGCCGGUUACCUAUUUUGUCACCUACGGCACAACAAUGGCAAUGUAUGCCUACUAUUGUGUUACCAAGAGGGAGUACAUGAUGGAGGAUGUGAAGAAUCGCGAAUACUCGCUUACCCUAUACAGGAAUGCCAAGAAGGUCCAAUUCGACGUGGAACACUAUAACAAUCUGAAGCGGAAGUCCGCUGAGUUGGAGUACAAUCUCAGAAGGAUCAACGAUCCACUCAAUAUGCAAUUACCAUCGCAUUUGGUACGCACCCAGGAAAAUAUGCCACCAACCAAAAUCGAGGAGAAGACGGAGAAAUAAACGAAAGGACUUUGUAACAAUCAGUGCCGACGCAGGGGAAAAUGGAAACUCAAACUAAUUUAAACUACCUAAAAGUAGAUAACUAAUAAAAGUCCCCCCCCUUUUAGCUAAAGAAGUUUAGGUGAUCGAAAUGUUUUAGAGGAUUUUGAGAGGAUUUUGUGUACGCAUCACAUGUUGUGUAAAUUCAACUUUAGUUUUUCUCUUUAUGUUAACUAAAAUGUUUUAGUUAUUUAUGUUACAUUUAAUUAGUCUAAGCCAAAGUUUGACGAUUCGUAAAAACGCACAAGGUUAUUCUGACGCCUGCAGUUUUAAAGCUCCUAAUAUUAUUUUACUUUUUAUUUUUAGUUAUUUAUUGCAAGUGAGAGAUUUGUUUUACGCCUAAGGCAAUUAUUGUGUGUGCAAGUUGUAGCAAAAAAUAUAUGAAUUAUUUAUUGACUAUUA